AUGGACGUCUUAGCUGAAAAUGUCAAGAAAGUUGUAGAUGGCAUACAAGUAGAUUCAGUACUCAAUAGUGUCAUCGAAUUGGAUCCAGCCAUACAAUCAUGGUCUGAAGAAGUACUGAAUACACUAUCACAUUUCAUUGGAUUGAUAUUAUGUAUACCCGCCGUCUUUUUCCUCAUUACUGUUGCUAGAAUGAGAGGAACUCGUUGGCACGUUAUAUCUUGUUCAAUCUAUGGUUUAUCAUUGAUGACAAUGUAUUUCUGUUCCUCUUUAUAUCACUCUGUUGGAGUAUUCAUCAAUCUCGAAGCAUAUAGAGAUAUUUUCAAAAAUUUAGAUCAUUGUGCCAUCUACAUGUUGAUUGCAGGAACCUAUACUCCCUUGACUCUAAUCAAUUUAAUUCAUAAUCAUAUUAAACCAAUUCAUAAUUAUACUAAUCAACAACAAACAAAUAAUAAUCAGCAACAACACAAUAUUAAAGAUAAUAAUAAUAAUACAACUACACCACAACCAAAUCACAGUAAAAUAAUUAAACUUGGAUGGAUAUUAUUUGGAAUUGUAUGGGUUAUGUGUGCUAUUGGAGUACUUAGUAAGAUGAUUCUUGGUACAGAUUCAAUUCCAGAUGUAUUCUCUAAUGGAUUCUAUUUGGCUAUGGGAUGGGUUUCACUACUCGGUCUUCGUGAUAUGAUCCGUGUCCUUCCAAGAACCGGUCUCAAGUUGUUGGUGGCUGGUGGUUUGGCCUACACUAGUGGUGUCAUGUUCCUCGUUUGGGAGACUGCCCCCUUUAACCAUGCCGUCUGGCAUUUGUUUGUCGGUGCUGGUUCCAUCCUCCACUAUUUCUGUAUCCUCGAAUGUAUCAUCCCAUCUAGAAAGGAUGGACCAUCAUCAGUCAUCAUCGAUAAUUUGGAAUGGGCCGAAAAACAACUCCAACUUGCCUUUUUCGGUAGUGGAAAGAGACGUAUCUUUAUCAUCAACUAUAUGAAUUAUCUCUAUAGAUAUUUAAUUGGAUGGGCUUUUAAAUCUGCUCAUAUUCAAUAA